AUGCAGAGCAAGGGAGGAGUCCCUAUUAUUACCAAUGUUCUAGCAAAUUUGGAGGAACUUGGAAUUAAUUCGUCAUGUUUUCGAUUUGGUAGUUUGACAUUGGAAGGAGAUAAAUAUGUUGGAGUAAAGGAAACAAGUGUGGAUGGUGGCUCACAGAUUGUAGUAAUAGAUACUCAAUCUAAAGGAGUAAAUAGAAAACCAAUGAAAGCGGAAAGUGCCUUGAUUCAUCCAAUUGAAAACAUUCUAGUAGUUAGAGGUAGAUAUGAGGAUAAUGGUUGUACAGUCCAAAUCUUUAAUUUAGAUUCAAAGGAGAAGCUUGGAGCAUUUCUGUUUCCUGAAUCAGUUGUAUUUUGGAGGUGGUUAAGUCCUAGAAUUCUAGCAAUUGUUGGAGAUAAGGGGAUAUAUCACUGGACAAUAGAAUCAGGAAAUCCUAACUCAAUUCCUGUUCGGAUCUUUGAGAGAGCUGGAAAAUUAGCAGAACAAUCAACUCAAAUAGUUGGUUAUCAGACAGAUUCUAGCCAAAGAUGGUGUUUACUAAUGGGUCUUUGCCCAGUAACAAAUGAAACAACUGGUUCAAUUUCUGUAAAAGGCCAACUUCAACUAUUUUCAGUAGAGAAACGACAACAACAACUUAUUGAAGGAUUUUCUGGUAAUUUCGGAGAACUCGUUGUUGAUGAUUUUCUACAUUCCCCAGCAUCAGUUGUUUGCUUUGUUGAGAAGAAACAAGAAAAUCUCAAUGCCAGACUUCAUGUAAUGGACAUUUCAGGCCAAAGAGCAGGAUCUGGUGAUUUUGGAUCACCAUCAUCUCUCCCAACACCAUUCAAAGCUGUUAUUGAACUUCCAUCACUAGAUGAGAGCUCAACUGGAAGUGCACAGGGAUUCGAUUUUCCAAUAUAUACCUAUGUUUCAAGCUAUUUUGGAGUCAUAUUUAUAAUAACAAGGGGAGGAAUCUUGUAUAUAGUGGAACCAACUUCAAACACUGUACUUUACUGCAACAAGGUCUGCCAGGAUUCAGUAUUUUUGGGAUCUCCAAGCCGUUUCCAUGGAAUUUGUAUGGCAAAUAAAAGAGGAUUGGUCCUUCAUAUUACUUUAAAUAGUUCAUCAGUUCUCUCAUACAUUCAAUCAAAUCCUGAAUUAUCUAUGAACUCAAAUCUCCUCAGAUGGACUCAGAGAUACGGUUAUCAAGGGACAGAUGAAUUCUCAAUUAAGAUGUUUAAUGAGACAGUAAAAAGACAAGACUACCAAAAUGCUUGUAGAGUUGUCUCUCUUAAUAAGAAUGGAAGCCUGAGGACUCCUGCAACUAUUAAUCAUUUUAAAAUGCUAGAUUCUUCUCACAAGUUAUUGUUCCAGUACUUUACAGCAGUAUUCAAGUUCCACACUCUAAAUCAGUUUGAAAGUACUGAGUUUUGUCGACUUUUGCUCUCUCCAAAUUCUGCAAAUCUUAUUUCAGAAUUCACCUCCAUUACACAACCUAUAGUCUUUUUAAGAGUUCUAAUCAAUGAAGAAAAGUUAACUUUCUCUGAAGAACUUGGAGAUACCCUACUUCUGAAUGGAGAAAAAAAACUUGCUCUUAAGAUUUUCAACAAAUGUACUCCUCAAAAUCCUACAAAAAUCCUACAAACACUCAUUGAAAUUGGUAACUUCUCACAUGUUUCAGAAUUUAUUCGUGAACAAAAAGCUUCAAAUUGGCCUACUAUUACUACUGAUAUUCGUUCGCUUCUUAAUAGUCUUUUAAUUGCUAAUAAUAUUGAUGCUACAGUUGAGUUUGUAAAAACUGUUCUUCUCCCUCCCGCAUCUACAUCUCAAUCAGACCUAUCCAGUUCUGUACCAGCUGAGCCCUUGGACCUUAAUAUUGAUAAGCCCUCAAUAGUCGAAAUCUUUGUAUCUCACUCUAGAUUCAAAGAAAUUACAUCCAUUCUUUUAGAUCAUCUCAAAGCUAACAAACCCGAAGACUCUGCCCUCCAAACAAAACUACUCGAAGUUAAUCUCCUACACGCUCCUCAAGUUGCAGAGGCUCUAUUUCAAAUGGACCUUUUUACUUAUUAUGACAAACAUGCAAUUGCUACCCUUUGUGAAAAAGCGGGUCUUUUUGAGCGGGCUCUUGAAAAUUUUUCUGACAUGCGUGACAUAAGGAGAAUACUGGGAAUUGCUUGUGGAAGUUUGAAUACGGACUGGCUAGCAAAUUACUUGUCUAAAUUGAGUCCAAGAACCAGAUUUGAUUGUCUCAAGGAGCUACUACUAGUUUGCAAAAAUAGUGGUGGGACUGGUGGAAUAGUUUCUAUGGGAGCUGGAUUAUCAUCAUCUAAUGGGGCAUUACCAAGUACUGGGCAAGGAGGAUUGAUAGGAAACAGUUCAUCAAAUUCAAUAACAUUGAGUAAUAAUAAUACUGUUUUACAAAGUGUGAUUCAGGUAUGCAUUAAAAAUGUGGACAGUAUUGGAAUAGAAAAUAUCAUUACUUUGUUUGAGCAACAGGGAAUCUGGGAAGGUAUUUACUAUGUUAUAGGUUCAAAUCUGACUCAAUAUUUAUCUGGAAAUAGCUUAUCUACGUCAGGAUCUUCUGAGUCUUUGAACAUAUCUGGUGAGAAUUUGAUUGGAGAUUCGGGUAUUCAAAACAAAGGAAGCGGAGUGAUUUUAGCAGGAUCAGGAAGAUUACCAUCUUCAAAUACAGGCUCAGUGAGUGGUGGGGCUGGAUCAUUUUCCACUUUUAUAGUAUUUAAAUACAUUGAGGCCUCUGUUCACCUUGGUCAAAUUCAAGAGGCAGAGAGGAUUUGUAGAGAUUUCCCACAAUCUUAUGAUCCUGACCAGGUUAUUGAGUACUUUAAAAGCAUUAAGAUGAGCGAUUUAAGGCCAUUAAUUUGGGUUUGCGAUCUUCACCAUCGUGUAGAGGAGUUGAUUAGCUAUUUGUACCAUAUGUCUCUUUAUAAGUACAUUCAGGUUUACACUCUGAAGAUUAACCCAAGUCAGACUCCAUUAGUUAUUGGUACAUUGAUAGAUCUUGAUGGAUCUGAAGAUCUAGUUAAGUCUCUUUUACAAGAAAUCAAAACUUUGGGUUCUUCCUUCUCUUUUGGAGAGCUAAUUCAGCAGGCGGAAAACAGAAAUCGUCUCAAGUUAUUGUUGUCUUGGCUAGAAGAAAGAGUUCAGGAAGGAUACCAGGAUCCAGCUUUACAUAAUGCUUUAGCAAAGAUCUAUAUAGAUAUGAACAAGGACUCUGAGAAUUUCCUUAAGACAAAUCCCCAUUAUGAUGCAAAGACUAUUGGAGAUUAUUGCGAAGAUAGGGAUCCUUAUCUUGCUUAUAUUGCUUAUAGAAAGGCAUGGGGACAAUGUGAUGAUGAAAUAAUACAAGUUACUUAUAAAAAUGAUUUAUAUCGUCUACUAGCUAGGUACCUUGUUGAACGCCAAGAUCUUGAACUUUGGAAUAAAGUCUUAGGAAAUUCUUCGAAUUCUACGGAAUCUGUCGUUAAUGAGCAAUGUAGACAAGCUAUUAUUGAUCAAGUAACUUCUUCAAUAUUACCUGAGUUCUACGAUAAGCCUGAGGAGAUUAGUUGUGUAAUUAGAGCAUUUAUUAAUGCAGAGGUACCGAACUCACUGUUGGAAGUUUUGGAGAAGAUCAUUUUCCAUGUUAAUAAUACAGAGUUUUCUCAAAAUAAAAACCUUCAAAAUCUUCUUUUAUUAACAUCUAUUAAGAUAGAUAUUCGGAGAUUGGAUGAUUACGUAUUAAGAUUGGAUAAUUAUGAUGCUAAGGAGGUAGCUAAAGUUGCAAUAGAGCACGGACUUUACUCCCAAGCUUUUCAGAUUUACAAGAAGUUCUCAUUUAAUAAUGAAGCUGUUGAGACUUUAUUGAUGAUUUCCAAGCUUGAAUUACUAAAGAGUGAAGGUAUAGAUGUGGAUGGAAAACCAGGAGAAUUUCUCGAGAACCUGGAUUCAAUGAUUUAUCGUGAGAAGUUGGUCAAUCUGGAUCUAUCCAAAGUCCGAGACUUUGCGUCCUACUGCAAUGAUAAUUCUGUUUGGGACAUUCUUGGUCAGCAAUAUCUCAAGAUCUCUCGAACAAAAGAUGCUGUUGAUUGCUUUAUUAAAUCUGAAAACACCAGAGAUUAUCGUCCCAUCAUUGAGCAUUGUCUCUCAGUUAAAGCUUAUCAGGACCUAUUGGGGUAUCUGCAGAUGGUCCGAAGACUAAAGGAUUCUAGAACUUCCAAAGAUCCAAUUGUAGAUACUGAGCUGGCUUACUGCAUGUCUAAGUUGGAACUUGUGCAAGAACUUCAGAACUUCCUACAAGGUAUUAAUACUGUGCAAUUACAAAAGAUUGGAGACAGACUUAUGGAUGAACAGGACUAUAGGUACUCUAUUAUUUUUUAUCAAGCAAUCCCAAAUUACUCAAGGCUUACAAGCUGCUAUAUUCACCUAGGAGAGUACAACAAUGCUUUGGAAACUGCCAAAAAAGCAAACUCUCCAAAAACAUGGAAAGAGCUUUUACAGAUUUGUAUGCAAAUUGGAGAGUCCGAGCUAGCACAUCAGGCUGGACUUAAUAUUAUAGUUUAUCCAGAUUACUGUGAAGAUGUGGUAUCUGAAUAUGAAAAGAAGGGUCUCACAGCAGAACUUCUAACUUUAUUAGAGGGAGCUAUUCAGAAUACUGAUCGUGCCAAUGGCAGUCUCUUCACAGAGCUUGGAAUACUUUAUGCAAAGUAUACUCCUGAAAAGCUUAUGGACUAUUGUGCCUCUUAUUCUGGAAGAAUUAACAUACCAAAGCUUACAAGGAUUUGCGAACAAAGACAACUUUGGAACGAGGUUGUGUACCUUUACCUUCAAUAUCAAGAGUUUGACCAGGCAGUUUUGACGGUGAUUAGCCACCCUAAAGAGGCAUGGAAGAAUGAUCAGUUUCUUAAUAUAUUACAGAAUGUCUCCAAUGUGGAUAUUCUCUAUAAGUCUAUGACUUUCUAUUUACAAGAGCAUCCAGAGUUACUUAACAGCUUAUUGAUGUUAAUUUUAAAGCCUAGAAAAAGCUUAGAGGUACCAAAAUCCAAUUCUAGUGACAUAUCAGACUAUUCUCCGUCUAGAUCUACAAAUGCAGUUUUAAAUCAGGCAGGUACCGGGGGAUCUAUAAGAUCAGCAAAUAAAUUUGAUCUAUCCAGUAUUACAACUAGGUUCAUUCAGCAAUACUUUAAUCAAGGACUUUCUUCAUCUGGAAAUUUAAAUACAAUAAGUCCAGUUGCAAGUAUUUCUCCAAAACCUUCAGCUGGGGAACCAGAACUGCAAAGUAGGCCUAAUUAUGACAUAUCAAUUAUACAAGAGUUCCUGGAAUCUAUUAGUGAGGAGAAUAUCCAGGUAGUUAAUGAAGCUUUGAUUAAUUUAUACAUAGAAAAGAUGGAGGUGGAAAAGCUAAUGAAGCUGAUUUUGACGUGUGAUAACUAUGACCAAGCAAAUCUUUCAGCCAGAUUGGAAAAUCAUCCAGUAAAUGACCUAAGAAAACUGGCAGUUAAGAUUUUAGACAAGAAUUCGAACUAUCAGCAGGCACUUUCUAUUUGUCAAAAAGAGAUGCUGAUAGAUGAAGCUAUCUUAGUAGUUUACAAGAGUGGUAACGUUGCUCUUAUUGAGGAGCUUUUGGAAUUCCUCUUAAGUAAUAACAAGAAAGAAAACUUUGUAGCUUGUUUAUAUACGUGCUAUGAAUUUUUAAGGCCGGAUACCGUAAUGGAGAUGGCUUGGAAACAUAAUUGUCUAGAUGCAACAAUGCCAUUCUUUAUCCAGAGUCUUAGAGAUAUGUCUAACAGAAUCGAAGUCCUUGAAAAGAAGCUUGAAACUCUUCAAAUUACAGAAAUUGCCACAACAGCUUCUAGUGGGCAUCCAAGUGUCUCAAAUUCACAAAAUAUCUCAAGCUGUGUUGAUAUUGGCGCCAACUCUUCAAUUUCUCCAGGGAUUAUCUCAUCUCACCAUAAUAAAAACAAUAACGUCAACUCCAAUAUUGGUAAUGCCGGUACGAUCAAUAACCAUAAUUUAAUCCCAAAUAAUCAGCUAAUUUUUCAAUAG